GGAGGCGGGCGGGCGUCGGCGUCGCCAUGGCGCCGGGGCCAACAGAGCGCCCGCGCCCGAGCCCCCGCAGUCCUCGGAGCCACCGCCGCCGCAGGCCGAGUCCCCCGACCCCCCGCCGCCGCCAUGCCCAAGCCGCCCAACGCCCUGCAGGGCAGUUCCUCCCAGACGAGGAGGAUGUCCACCACCCGGAAGGUCAGCCUUUCCAUAAGCAAAAUGAGCGUCAAUCGCAGUAAAACCAGCUUGAGCUUAAGCAAAACCGUGCUGUCGAGGACCACAAGCGUGCUUACAGAUGCCAAGGAAAAGAUGUACUUGCAUCGUCCAAGGCAGCAAAUCCAGGUCUGGGAUUCACGUGGGAAUGAUGUCACUCCCAAACCCCUUUUCCAUCCCGAUCCCCAUUUUCCCGGAUCCAAGAAGCCUAGUAAGCUGCUCGUGUCCCAGGAUGUGUCUCUCGGCUCAGAUUUUACGGGCUCCUACACCAUGUUUCAGAAUACCAUCAACCCUAGUUUUGUGGGACAAUUCACAAGGUCAGCAUUAGGAAGCAGCACCGUCUCUAAAUCCAGUGCGUCGACCUCGGAGUCCAUCGGAGAAGACCUGGAAGAGCCCUCGUACAGGCGAGAAACAAUCUCCAGUUAUAUUGAUGUCCAGCUUAAGAAAGAAGUGCCAAAAAUCCUAACAAAAGAAGAAUUAGAUGCCAAAGUGGACAUCUACCUCUCAGAGACCGAAACGCUGUGGCUCUUUAAUCUGCCAACCGUCUUCCAUUCUAUAGAGUCUGAAGAUGCUGAGAAACUGAAGACUCGGAACGCUCUUUAUGAGACCCUUUGUAAAAAUCGAGCUGGCAACGACUUAUACGUUGAAAGGAUAAUGCAGACUUUUAAUGGCGCACCCAAGCACAAGGAGGUUCAAUGUGAUAAAAUCUUAACAGAAGAAAAAGGCAUAAUGACCACUGCCUGGGCUUUGUAUGACGCUUACAAUGCCUUGGAGCUUACUCUUUCAGCAACAAAACUGGAAACAGAAAAGCUAGGCAGUGUACAUGAGGGCUCGAAGAAAGGCGGGGACUCCAGAUAUCUGAGUGCCACAGACAAAACAAGUGAAACCAGUUCUACGAUCGAUGUCGAAAGCCUCAUUAUGGCUAAAAUUCACGAGGAAGAGGAAGAUCGUUCAGAAUUGAUAUUCAAGUCAGAGAAAUUUCAAGAGGAUUUAUUUUUCAUGGAGAGGGUUCUCAUGGAAAAUAUAUUUCAGCCCAAGCUCGCAGCUUAUCGACAGCUUCCUAUCCUAGGCAAGGAGAUGGAAGAAGAGGACACUUAUCACCAAGUGCAAAAAAUCAAGCUGAUUGAGGAAGAUGAAGAUACAGAUAUUAUGGAAGGAGAGACUGGGGAGUCUUCGGAAGAACCCAUCCCUCCCAAUCUCGAACGGCUGUGGUCAUUUUCUUGUGACCUAACAAAAGGGCACAACGUGAGCAGUAUGGCCUGGAACAAAGCAAACCCGGAUCUGCUGGCUGUUGGAUAUGGCCAUUUUGGCUUUAGAGAACAGAAGAGAGGACUGGCUUGCUGUUGGUCAUUAAAGAAUCCUAUGUGGCCAGAACGUGUUUAUCCGAGUCUCCAUGGGGUGACAUCUGUGGAUUUCUCUAUAUCAUCCCCAAAUCUUCUAGCUGUUGGAUUCUACAAUGGUACCAUAGCCAUCUAUAAUGUACAAAGCAAGAACAGUAUUCCUGUCCUGGACAGUAGUGAAUCUGUUCAUAAGCACAUUGGACCAAUUUGGCAAGUCCAAUGGGUAGAGCAGGACAAAGGAACUGUGGCAGGUGAAGAAAAAAGGGAAAUACUUGUUACCAUAGGGGCUGAUGGAAAAAUCUCCAAGUGGAUGAUACAGAAAGGACUGAUUUGUCAUGAUUUGAUGAAAUUGAGGAGAACGGCAAGUGAUAGACAAAAAAGGCAAAAUGAGAGAGACAAGAAGGGUGAAGCUUUAAUAUCUCGGCAGGCUCCUGGAAUGUGUUUUUCUUUUCACCCCAAGGACACAAACAUCUAUCUGGCCGGAACAGAAGAAGGUUUCAUUCACAAAUGCUCUUGUUCAUAUAAUGAACAGUACCUGGAAACCUAUAGAGGUCACAAGGCUCCUGUGUACAGGAUAGCAUGGAACCCGUUCUGCCAUGAUGCAUUCCUAAGCUGCUCCGCAGAUUGGGGCGUGAUUCUCUGGAAACAGGACACCUUUAAGCCAUAUUUGAGUUUUUAUAGCACCACGCACGUGAUUUACGAUAUUGCUUGGUCUCCAAAGUCAGCCUACAUUUUUGCAGCAGCAAAUGAGCAUAGAGUAGAGAUCUGGGACCUCCACUGCAGUACUUUGGAUCCUAUUAUUGUGAAUUUGGCUAUCCCAGGAGUGAAAUUUACAACCGUCCUGUUUGCUAAAAACACUGAUUGUAUUUUAAUUGGAGAUAGUGAAGGGCAAGUGAUCGUGUAUGACCUGAAGGAUAUGCCGCCUUACGUGGACACUGGUCGGGUAGGACUGACUCAGAAUCAGGCGCUGGCUCUGACCAAUGACUUCAGGUUAUCAGCAGAAAGCUCAGGGCUCUCGAGGAUGUUUUCUGUCUCCCCCCGCGACCACCACAAAUUAGCUUAUUUAUUGAUGAUUUUCUUGAGGCAUGCCAGUAUUCAUUCAAAGGCUUUCCAAUCACUGGGCAUGAUGGAUAAUGGUCUCUUUGAGCUCCAUUUUUCUCUUUACUAUUGCCCAACUAGAGGGAAAGGAUCCCUGGUCUAUUAGCUUAAUCUUUAUUAGGAGCUACAAGGUGGUGCAGGGCCUGGAGACAGGAAGAACUGAAUUCAAAUCCAGCCUCAGACACUGACUGGCUGUGUGACUCUGGGCUCUUCAUCCUAUUUGCCUCAGUUUCCUCAUCUGUAAAAAGAGCUAAAGGAUAUGGCCAACCGCUCCAGUAUCUACUAAGAAAAUCCCAAAUUAGGUUACAAAGAGUCAGACAGGAUGGAAAGACUGAACAACAUUUCCUUAUUAAAGACUUUGAAAAGUCUCCUUCUACAUUCCUAAGAUUUCAAAAAUAAAUUAUUUCUUCAAAUAUUAUUUUUAGUUAGAUUUUAUCACUUGGGAUUUGUGGGGUAAAAUCAGAUUUCAGAUUUCAGAUUUCCUUGGGUGUCACAGUUUUUUAAAUGACCUGAUUUUAAAAUUAAUUUUUUUUUCUUUUGUGAGGCAAUUGGGGCUAAGGGACUUGCUCAGUCACAGAGCUAGGAAGGGUCUCAGGAAGAUGGAUCAAUGUGACUCCAGUCCUGGCUCUCUUUCCACUGCCACAUUGAUCUGCCCUUGAUAAUAUAAUAGCAUUUUUUUCCCAGUCAAGCAUAUAUCAGGUGGUUACCACAUGGUAAGCACUGUGCAGAGACACUAAGAACAGAAGGACAAAAAUGAAACAUUUCUUAUCUUCAAGAAGCUUCCUUUCUGUUAUAAUGUGUUCAUGUAAAAUAUAUAAAAAUAUAUAUAUUUUACAUACAAGAUGAUUUGGGAAGGGGAAGCACUAGCAGCUGGGAGAUAGGGGGAAUCUACAAAUAGUUUUUUUAAACAUAAUUAAAUUUGCAUAAAAUUAUUUAAUUUAUCUAGGAGUUUAGCAUCUCAGUAUAAUAUCUUGUAAAUUAUUAGAAUUAUAGAGCUUUGGAGCUGGAAAGGGCUUUUGUGGCACGUGUAGAUGUAAUUUAUUUACUCCUCCUCCUUCCCUGACCAUUUUACAAAUGAAAAAGCUAUGAAGGUUAUGACUAGCUCAAUGGCAUGAACACCAAAUUUCACAUACAGAGAAAUUCUUGUAAAAUGAUUUAGCGAGUAUCAUUAAAAGGGACAUUUAUAGGAAAGAAAGUGAACAUUUAUUUAAAUUAAGUUAAAUCAAGUGAAUAGAUUGAAAAAACUUAUUGGCUAGUUGACAUUUUUCAUUUUUAUUGGUUGACUAAUUUAUAUUUAACACUACUCCAUUACCUGUGAAUGAUGUUUUAGAAACAACUUUGGAUUUUUCUAGCUUUGUAAUUAUGCGCUUUCUUUUUCUCUUUCUAGGAAGAUGCCAUUAACCUUUUGCUUGGACCUGAGGCACACAGUGUUUAGUAAUUUGUUGAUGCUGAUCCUUUUUAAUAAAGGAUUUUGAUAUCAAACAGCAGCUAUUUUCUAUACUUUAGAUUGAUUCUGAUUUUGGUUAGGCAGAAUAUUAUCUCUAUUUUUACUUUACAAUCAAUUUUAGGAUAAAUCAAAUGAAUGGGUUAUUGGUAUAUUUUAUAUGUGAUUUAAACUGAUUAUAUAAAACACUUGCAGAAAUUCUCCUAUAGAAACCCCAGAGGAUGAUAGCUGAAAUUGCCUAUCAUUUAACUGGUGUAACUACAACCCAAAUUAUAAGAAAAAUAUUCUGGCUUUAAUAAUAUAACUUGACAAUUAUCUUUAGAUUCCAGGCUUUACUAUGUAUUAACAAGGUUAAAAAAAAGUCCCAAGGGCUCUGAAUGAAGAGUAAUUCUUCAUCUGGUGUUUACAAAACUCUGAUUAUUUUCCAAAGUGCUUAUGAAUUAGGUUUCUUUCUGAAUCAUUAAGAAUAAAUAGUUUGGGCACUUGAUUUCUCCACUUACAAGGGAUGGGAGUUUUCUCCAUGGCUAUGUUAAGUUGUAACUCUUGGUUAGAUUAUGUGACAGUAGCUUCUCACAAGUUGCCCUGAUUACUUGACAAAGGCUAUUCCAGAACAUGUCAGAUGAGCAGAUUCUGAGCUAGAUGGUCUCAUAAUCCUGCUUUGUAAUUCAUCUAGAACAGAGACUUUUCUGGGCUUCCCCUCAGCCUUCUCAGACUUGAGAAUCCAGACUUGGUUGUGCAGAGAGGGCUGCUCAGAAUAAAUCCAAUGCAACCAGUAUUGAAUUGGAGAACCCCUGUGAAGUUAGGUUCAUUUUGAGGGUGAUUCAGAUGAUAUUUGGGCACAGCUUGGUUAGUCCCUUUUUAAAGGGAGUCCUGGAAUUGACACAGCUUUCCAGGAAUUAUCCAGGAUGUGGCAGGAUAAUCACAAACUAACCUUUCUAAAGACCUGAGCAUCCUGGGCCCCGAAAAGAGCCUAGGCCACCAGAACAAGGACGAUAGUGUUUGGGGUUCAUGUAUAGGGUUCAUGGGAGCUUCUGCAAACAGCAUUGCUUUUUAUUCUUUUAAAGUGGAGAUGAAAAGAUUGGGCACCAGUGAUUCAGUAAAUUCUCUGAAAUGCUGAGUUCCAUGAACAUAGACUCAGUGCAGCUUGAGAGUUGUUGCUGUCUCCCAUUGUGCUCAGUUAUUUCAACCUCAAAUAAUUAUUAGCAUUCUUUGAUUCUUUUGGACUCAUCUUUUAAACAAACAGACCACUGACAAAAAAAGUAACUUUUGAGCUUUGUUAGGAUAAGGCAUUUUAAAAAAAAUCUCUUAAAAAUGUGGGCAAUGAUUUGAUUCUCUGUUGUAUUAUCCUGAUAAAUGAUAAAUGAAUAAAAGCUUGAUUCAUUUGG